AUGGGGUUCUGCCAACGGCGAGCAGCCGGCGCCAAGUUCACGGUAACGACUGCAGAUUCACUGAUCCUCGCGCGGAACUUCCGGCUCGGGCGUCAACGUCGGGUCCUUGUGCCAUGUAAAUCACGUCCGGUUGAGGAGCUCGGCUGCCAGUGCCGCGUCGCAGCACUCUGGGCGCACUCACACCCAGCUCAUCAGGUCAAAGACGUAGCCGAGCGCCCGGGCCUCGGAUACCGUCUCCGAAGCGUCGCAGUCGCACAUGUCAUCAGCAGCAGCGGCGGGGAGUGCAAGGUUGAGAUCGAGCCGAGGUAUCCCGCGUGGCUGUUCAGGAGCUUCAUCGUCGCUCCCCCGUUUUCCGACUCGCUGCUGGACCUGGAUGGACGUUCCGGCGAGAGGCUCUUUGAGCGUGUGAAUGCUGGCAUCGUGACGCUGGCGCGCAACGGAGAGAAAUGGACUGCAAUUUCAGGAAGGGAACUGCUGAUGGGAGAACAACAGUCAGCGACAGAGGCCGGCGAUGCUGCAGAUAACGAAUGA